CCCAUCCCGGUGCCAUGGCCCCCCUCCUGCUGCUGGCCAUCGCCUGCCUGCUGCCGCCGGUCCCCAGCACGGCCCCGGGGUCCUCAUGGAGCGCCGUGCCCCGAAAAACCGUCCCCUAUGCGGAGCUGCGGGAGGCGGCGCGGCGCUUCUCGCGGGGGGGGGUCUCUCAUUACGUCACGCUGACGCUGGAUGAGGCCGAAGCUCUGCUCUACGUCGGCGCCCGCGAGGCCGUUUUCGCCCUCAGCACCGGCAGCGUGGAGCUGAAAGCGGCGAUCUCAUGGGAAGCCCCCAUGGAGAAGAAAGCAGAGUGCAUCCAGAAGGGCAAAAACAACCAGACCGACUGCUUCAACUACGUGCGCUUCCUGCAGAGCUACAACAGCUCCCACCUCUACGCCUGCGGCACCUACGCCUUCCAGCCCAAGUGUGCCUACAUCGAGCUGUCUGGAUUCACCCUGGACCACGUGGCUUUCGAGGACGGGAAGGGCAAAUGUCCCUACGACCCCACCAAGGGCCACACCGGCCUCAUUGUGGAUGGAGAGCUGUACUCUGCCACCUUCAACAACUUCCUGGGCACGGAGCCCGUCAUCCUGCGGAACCUGGGGCCGCAUUACUCCAUGAAGACCGAGUACCUGACCUCAUGGCUGAACGAGCCCCACUUUGUGGCCUCGGCCUUCAUCCAGGAGAGCGCGGGCAGCAGCACCGGCGACGACGACAAGGUUUAUUUCUUCUUCAGCGAGAGGGCGGUGGAGUACGACUGCUAUGCGGAGCAGGUGGUGGCACGGGUGGCGCGGGUGUGCAAGGGCGACGUCGGCGGCGCUCGCACGCUGCAGAAGAAAUGGACGACGUUCCUGAAGGCGCGGCUGCUCUGCUCUGCGCCGGAGCAGCAGCUGCACUUCAACCGGCUGCAGGCCGUGUUCACCCUGCCUGGCGCCAGCUGGCAGGAGACGGCUUUCUUCGGGGUGUUCCAGGCGCGGUGGGGGGACGUGGACGUGUCGGCCGUGUGCCGCUACCACAUCCUGGAGGUGAAGAAGGCUUUUGAGGGUCCCUACAAGGAGUAUCGGGAGCAGGCGCAGAAAUGGGGGCGCUAUUCGGAUGAGGUGCCCAGCCCCCGGCCCGGGGCGUGCAUCACCGACUGGCACCGGCAGAACGGCUUCCCCAACUCGCUGGCGCUGCCGGACAACACCCUGAACUUUGCCAAGAAGCACCCGCUGAUGGACGAGCCGGUCCUGCCACAGCGCGGCCGCCCGCUGCUGCUCAAGAAGGACUCCAACUUCACCCAGCUGGUGGUGGACCGCGUGGCGGGGCUGGACGGGGCCGUGUACGAGGUGCUGUUUGUCGGCACAGGUGACGGCUGGGUGCACAAGGCGCUGAAUCUGGGCUCCCACGUUCAUCUGGUGGAGGAGCUGCAGGUCUUCGAGCCGGCGCAGCCCGUGGAGAGCCUGGUGCUGGCGGGGCGGAAGAAGCUGCUGUUCGCCGGCUCGCGGCUCCAGGUGGCCCAGCUGCCCGUGGCCGAUUGCGGCCGCUACCAGUCCUGUGCCGACUGCGUCCUGGCGCGGGAUCCCUACUGCGCGUGGAGCCGCAACGGCAGCCGCUGUGUGCGCUCCGAUGGCCUCAAUGGGUCUCACCUGGUGCAGGACGUGCUGGGCUCCGACACGCGCGCCUGCGCCAUGCCGCUGGUGGGGACACAAGGUGCCAUCACCCCCAAGAACGUGACGGUGGCGGCGGGCACCGACCUGGUCCUGACGUGCCGCCUGGGUUCCAACCUGGCUCAGGCUCUGUGGACCUUCGAAGGCCGCGCUCUGCCGGCCCAGCAGGCGCUGGUUCUGCACGACGGCCACCUGCGCGCCCUGGUGGUGCCGGGCGCCGGGGCGCAGCACAGCGGAACGUACCGCUGCGUGGCGGAGGAGCGCGGCGCCCGGCUGGGCGGGGAGGCGUACCGGGUGGCCGUGCUGCCCGGGGCGCCGCAGGAGACGCGGGCGCCGCUGGAAAGCGCCGGGCUGGCGUGGGUCGUGGCCGUUUGUCUGGGCGCGGCGUGCCUGGUGCUGCUGCUGGCCGUGCUGUCGCUUUGGAGGAGGCUGCGCGAGGAGCUGGGCAAAGGCGCCAAGGCCAUCGAGAGCACCCUGGUUUACCCCAUCGAGCUGCCCAAGGAGCCGCACAGCCCGCGCUUCGUGCCCAGCGCCGCUUCGGAUUCGGACGAGAAGCUGUGGGACCCGUCCAGCUACUACUGCUCGGACGGCUCGCUCAAGAUCGUGCCGGGUCACGCCGUGUGCCGCAACGGCGGUCCGCCCGGUGCAGCUUCGCCGCCGGCCGCCAUCCCCGGGCAGCCGCUGCAUUCUCCCACCCGCAUCCACCUGGGUCCUCUGCGCGGCUCCUCUUCCAACGGCUACAUCCGCCUGGCCUUGGGCGCCGAGGAGCGGCCGCCGUGCGCCGAGCUGGCCGAGGAGCUGCGCCGAAAGCUGCAGCAGCGUCAGCCCCUGCCCGACUCCAACCCCGAGGAGUCUUCGGUCUGAGCCGCCCGACGCGGGGCUGCACCUACCUCAGGGACAUCGCGACGGGAUUCGGGCACCGCGACCGCCUUCGGUACUGCGCCCGGGACCGCGGCUGGGGACGGAGCCCGGGAAUGUCACUGCCGUGGGGGACCGAGCCCAGGAAUGUCACUGCCAUUGGGACCCGGAAACGUCGCCCGCUUUUGGGGACUGAGCUUUGGGAUCGAGCCCAGGGAUCGUCGCGGGCUGCAGGGACUGCAGUUGGGGGUCUGUCGCCCGUCUUGGGGACGCUGGGGGCCCCGUCCCACCUCGGGGACAGCCCUGAGUGCCGGGGCUGUGCCUGGGACCCUCACCUGCCCCGGGUCCGCAUCCCAGACCUGGCCGAGGGGACGCAGCCCUGGGCGCUGGGGCCUCUCUGGGGACCCCCGUUAUGGCCCAAGUCCCACCACCAC